AUGCAUGCAACCACUCCUGCACCACCUGUGCACCUUGCUGGGAACACAAGUAUCAGCAGCGCAUUCGAGCGAUUCCAGCUCUUACGACCUCCUACCUUUGCAGGUACUCACCGACCUGAGGAAGCCAAGUAUUGGCUUUACCGCAUCUCUAAGAUGCUAAAGCCGCUGCACUGCACUGAGGUGAAGCACGUGGACGUCCUUAGGACUGUGGCUGCUGGUUACGUGUGGACAUGGGACGCAUUUAAAACGCGUUUCAACGAGAAGUAUUUCCCUUUCACCUACCAUAAUGAGGAGGGAGAGUUUCUUCACCUCCGACAGAGAGGGAUGACCGUGGCUGAGUAUGAGAAUAAGUUCACGGAGCUGGCUAGUAUACCCAAUUAUGCUGAGCUGGUGAGCAUGUCUCUACGAGCUGAGCAGGACGGGGAUAGUUUAUCCCGUACUUGUGCACCCGUGGGUCCUCAGCCCCGCCCUGAUUUUCCGACUAGGCCGUUCUUAGGCAAGAGGCCAUGUGCGGAUUCGCCUUCUAGGCUUGCGACAUCACUGACUCAGCUGAGGCGAGCAGACUUGCGGUGCGACUACUAUGGGAGGACGGGCCACACGGAAAGAUAUUGUUUCAGCAGGAUGAGAGACAACGGCUUCUCACCUCCUCAGAGAAUCAACCGCUAA